GAUAGUAACCUCGGAGCGGGUAUUCUUUUGGUUAUCAAGGAUCUUCAGGCAAAACCGAUUCUUCUCACUCGUAUAGUCGUAUUGUUUUCAAUACUCGUGAAUUCCUAAUUUUCUUUCCGUCCGAAUGUUACGAUCCUUCUGAUAUAAUAUAGAAUUGAAAUCUAUGACAGACUCAUAUAUAGGAUUUUAAUGUUUGAUUUGUUUAUUUACAUUAUGAGUGUGAUUUAAAGGUUUGCUGGAUCCUCGAAGUAGACAGAGUUGUCUCGGCAAACAGGCGUUGGAGAAUGGAAGAUGUAUUUGUCCUUAUACUUUCGAUGUUCCUUGUUUUGGCCUUAGUACCGUUGUAUUUAUGGAAAAUCCGGAAGAGCUCUCAAAUUCCAGAGGAGCCUGAAGAAGAAACUCUGGUUAGGCGGAGGGAAGCUGUCGUCAGGGCAACUGGAACUCGUCGCAUGCGUAGAAGACCAGCUUCUUCAGCUGCCAGUACAUCUUCAGCAGCUGCUGCUGUAGAAGAAAGUGUUGAUGAAAGUGAUGAUGAUGCAUCUGGGGAUGGAUAUUAUGCUGCCAAGGCAUCAAAGAAGAAGGAAAAGAAGCGUCAAGAGAGGGCAGCACAGAGACAGGCUGAAGAAGCUUCCCGUGAAUCAAGGCAGAUUAAAUCAAGCCGUUAUGAUGAAAUAAGGAGGAAAAAGGAGGAGGAGCGUGAGGCUAAAGAGCGUGCCUUAGAAGAAGAAAUUAAAGCUCGUCAGGCAAAAGAGGAAGAAGCUGCUGCCCAUGAGUUUGAAAAAUGGAAGAGCGCAUUUUCAGUUGAUGCUGAAGGCACCACUGAAAGUGACAUACAAGAUGAAAGCCAUGGCUUGCUUUAUGAUUUUGUAGAAUACAUUAAGAAGCACAAAUGUGUUCCACUGGAGGAUCUUGCUGCAGAAUUCAAGUUGAGGACCCAGGAGUGUAUCAACCGGAUCAAUUCACUGGAAGAGAUGGGGAGGCUUUCGGGUGUUAUGGAUGAUAGAGGGAAGUACAUAUACAUCUCUUUAGAAGAAAUGAAAGCUGUGGCAGACUACAUCAAACGUGAAGGUAGGGUUAGCAUUUCACAUCUUGCCAGCAAAUCGAACCAGUUCAUCGACAUGGAGCAAAAAUCCCAGUUAGUCGAAGACACUGUCAAUUUUGGAGAGAUAGCUGUUGCUUGAUUCUCUGUAAGUACUUGCAUAUUUCAGUGCUAAUCGAUGAGCAAAAGUGACCCAUGAUUUUACGGUUGAGGGGACAAGUAUAUAUAAAUAAUAGUUUGUACCAACAUAUUUACUAUAAAACAUUUCAAUAACUACUUGGAAUUUCUUUGGGGGGGCUCUGCCUGUGUAUGUGUCGAUGAGGUUUACACUCUCCAUUUUCUUUAUUUUUUAAGUGAUGAAAGAUGAUAAAUUUCAUGUUUGCGAAAAACACUUGAAAUGAUCCAACUUUAACAUGUUAUCAUUCACACAAGGUGCGGUGCAUCUUUAAUCUAUUUUUGUUGAUGUAGUUUUUCUAAAACUGAGCUUAAUCAGGAAGCUGGUCGCUAGAGAUGUAUAAUCAUCUUCUUAUGUCUGUCCUAUUAUUUUUAUAAAGAAACAAGGAAUAAUGUGUUUGUAACUUUGUGUUUCAUGCCAGCCAAGUAUUCAUAUUAAAAGAUGAUCAUUGUUUCAUCAUGUCUUGAUUGCCAUGGGAGUAGUUGACUCAUGUGGAAGUGUAUUUUCAUGUCUGAUUACAUGUUACUUGAAUAAUGUUGUUUGACACAAGUACAAUACUAAGAGGGAUUUUUAUCUUAUCUUGCUAAGAGCCAAGUACCUUGUGGUUUGAUGGCAUCAUUGUGACACUCCCAAGGAGGAGGUCACAUGUUCGA